AUGGCGUUAGUGCGGGAGCCGAUGGUGACGUACGACGGCGGGUUCGACGCGCUCGUCUACGGUGGCCACGACGCGCUGCUCGGAGGCGUGGACACGACGGUGCUCUUCGGGGGCUACAACUACGCCCACGACGAGCCAGCCGGCGCCGCCGGCGCCUACGUGCCGGAGAGCGCGAGCUGGGCGGGCGCGGGGAUGUCCGUGCUCGCAUUCGACCGUGCCGCGCCCGCGCGAGGCCCCGGCGCCCAGGUAGUCGCGCAGGAGGAGGCGGACUGCGACGCGUGGAUGGACGCCAUGGACGAGGACCAGCACGCAGGGCCGGCGUCGACCAUAGGGUUCGAUCCAGCCACGGGCUGCUUCAGCCUGAUGCAGAGCUCCGGCGGCGCGGGGCGGCCGUUCGGGCUCCUGUUCCCGAGCACGUCCAACGGCUCGCCCGACGCCCCGGCGCCGGCGCGCGGUUCCUCGAAGCGAUCGUACGCGGCGCGCGUGCAGGAUGCGGAGCCGCGGGCCUCCAAGAAGCCGUGCGGUGCGAGCAGGAAGACGAGUAAGGCGAAGCCGGCGGCGCGCACCACCACCUCGCCCAAGGGGGACCCGCAAAGCCUCGCCGCAAAGAACCGACGGGAGAAGAUCAGCGAGCGGCUGCGGACACUGCAGGAGCUGGUUCCCAACGGCACCAAGGUCGACAUGGUCACCAUGCUCGAGAAGGCCGUCAGCUACGUCAAGUUCCUGCAGCUGCAAGUCAAGGUGCUGGCGACGGACGAGUUCUGGCCGGCGCAAGGGGGAACAGCGCCGGAAAUCUCCCAGGUGAAGGAGGCGCUGGACGCCAUCUUGUCGUCGCAGAGGGGGCAACUGGACUGAACUGAACUACUCUAGCUAGAAAGGAGAAGCGUAUAGGGAUAUGGUAGAGAUUAAUCAACAACGAACCACCUCGUUCGAAGAUAAAUAAGGAGGCAUAUGCAGACGUACAUCCUCUUGUCGUUGAUGUAGUGAUGUAGAGGAGAGAGGUUUUUUUUUAACCUCAAUACAGCGCAAGCGCUUAUAUCUACGCGUAUACAUUUUG